UCUAUGCUAAGUUUGGUUUGGUUUGGUUUUUUACUUCUUGUAGACAUAUUACACCAGACUUCCAGAUGAGAGGACAAAGACUAUGAGUGAAGAGUGCCCUGGAGAUCACAUGCAGUUCUUUUCCUGGGCCACAACUGGAUUGAUCUGAGAACAGUAAUUAUGAGGCUGACAUGUAUGUUCUCCUUCAUCUUGCUGUUUGGAGCAGUUGGGCUCGUGGUCUUCAUUCACCUGCAGGAUCCAGAAGAAAUAGUUCAUCAGCAGACACCAGGGAUAAAAUAUAACAUGGGAUUCCAGCAACCAAAAAAAGACUGUGUUUCCAGCAAUAACCAGGAUAGAAGAUUAAGAAAAAAUACUGCAGACAGAGCAGCAACAGUUAAGCAGAGCAAUUCAUUAGAGCCAUCUGAAAGUGUGCCCACCAAGCUUCAAAGCACCGACAGAAGGCAAAGCAACAUCAUGUUUGCUAUGAAAGAUCAACAGAAAGGUGAAGAAAUUAAUUCCAUCAAGCUCCAUAAACGCAGGAGGAGGUUUAUAAUUAAAAAGAGCCCAAUUCUGAUUUCCAUGAACAGCUCCAUUCUCAACCUGCCCACACUUAAAUAUGAGGAUAGAAACAACAGCAAGUGGAAAAGUCUCUAUCAGAUCCAAGGAGAAAGGAAGCGGAUUAUGAGGGAAACUUGUUCAAAAUACAAGAGUAAUAACAGAAGAAUAAUCACUCCUUAUCAUGUGUCUAGAAUAUUUGUAGAGGAUAAAUACAGAGUUUUGUACUGUGAAGUGCCCAAAGCCGGCUGCUCUAACUGGAAGCGGGUGCUCAUGGUGCUGAACGGGCUGGCCUCCUCCACAAAGGACAUCCAGCACAACACCGUGCACUACGGAAACUACCUGAAACGCCUGGAUGGCUUUGACCACAAGGGCAUUUACCACAGGCUCAGCACUUACACAAAAAUGCUGUUUAUUCGUGAGCCCUUUGAAAAGCUGGUGUCUGCCUUUCGGGACAAGUUUGAACAUCCAAACAACUACUACCACCCGGUCUUUGGGAAAGCCAUCAUUUCCAGAUACCGUGUCAAUGCCACCAAAGAAGCACUAAGGACAGGCUCUGGAGUCAAGUUUAAAGAGUUCAUUCAAUAUCUGCUGGAUGUACACAGGCCAGUGGGUAUGGAUAUACACUGGGAUCACGUCAACAGGCUUUGCAGCCCGUGUUUAAUAGACUAUGACUUCGUUGGGAAAUUUGAAAGUAUGGAAGAAGAUGCAAACUUUUUCUUGCACUUAAUUGGUGCUCCACAAAAUUUAACUUUCCCCAAGUUUAAAGAUCGUCACUCUAAUGAAGAAAGAACUACCACUAAAAUUACACAGCAGUAUUUUGCACAGCUUUCUCCUUCUCAACGACAACAAAGCUAUGACUUUUACUAUAUGGAUUACUUGAUGUUCAACUACUCAAAACCUUUUGAAGAUUUAUAUUGA